GACAUCUCUGUGUCUCUACUAAAUCUGUGGUCUCUAUUCAAGUCAACCCUGUUCCUCCACCUCAGUUUGAUGGACAAAAUUAUAGUCCUAGCUCCACCCACAAAACGAAAACAUCCAGCUCCUCCCCCAGUUUUGCAGCAAACAAGCCCAGCACACUUCCCAAGAAACGAGCGACUCGUACUACUCUCACAAAGCGAAAGGAAGACACCUAUAAGCUAUAAUUUGCAGCAAACAAGCCCAGCAAACGAGCGGCUCCUACUCUUGAACAAAGCGAAAGGAACUUUAGGAGAAGAAGCCAAACCUAGAAUCUCAGCACUUCCAUACAUCCAGCUCCUCCCCCAUGCAGCCUUGCAGCAAAAAAGCACAGCACACUGCCCAAAAAACGAGCGUCUCCUACUGCUUUCGAACAAAGCCAAAAAAAGAAACUAGAGCUUCUCUCUUUCAUUCUAGUUCUGUUAUUAUAAUUACUAGACAAAGCAUCUACAUGUAGCUACAAUAAUUUUUACAUGUGUAUCUUCUUGUAAAUCACAAUACAAUGUACAAUGUUGUAGUUUGUAGCCCAGAGCAAUCUAUAGUACUGGUACUAUAGCUCAUAGUUCCCUGCUAAAUACACUCAAAUGGAAUCUAAGGACACCAUAAUAUUAUUGUAGCACUACCAAACAGCUACUAAUAAAAUAAUUAGCUUUUUGAAAUUGGACGUUCCCAACACAAGUUAUAGCCCUUCAAAGAAAAACUACGAAAACAUGACGACAUGUAAUUAAUACAUAUUUUGGCAACCACCUCUUAUAUAUUAUACCCACGUACUUCAUAUUUCUCACACGUACCUGAUAAUUAGGAGUGGAGUUGGACGAGGAGAAGUUAGUGUCCCAGUUAUAGAAGCUCAAGUCACUGUGUCUAGGGAGCAGCUUCUUCCGUGACGAGAAUAUGGGAUCAAAAUCGUCCACCUACAAUUAUCAUGUACAUGUAUAAUACCACAUAGAAAGUUUUCGUAUCAAACGAAAAUUAAAACGACGGAAUUAUUCUACUGCAAGAGAUUCAAUGCGUCACUAUCCUAAGCUGUUGAGCUGUACUUAAAAUACUAAAUUGGUAGUUACGAAAAUUACCCGCUAUACGGCAGUUAGAUCAUUGGGGUGAGGUAUAAUUUUAUGUUAUAAAUACAUGUUAGGAUCAACCACCUUUAUUACUGGUAGUACCUUGAGUCGAUGUGCGUAGUCAAUGUAUCCUGAUAUCUCCUAUACUUAUUGAUUGAAUGGCAGGGAAUACUCAGACCAUCGAAAGAAUUGCAAGUUGAUAUAAAUAAUUAUGCUAUUAUUAUAUACUUGCAAUGAGCUCCUCAAUCAGAAAGUUUCAGUUCCGCUUCUUUGUAGGACACAUAGAUGACGAUACAGCGCUAAUUGAAGCGAAGCUAUCAAAGGACCGAUUGAUUUGUUGAAUGUACACAAAUUAAAGAUGUCAACCGCGAGAUGCUGUAGAUGUAGAACUGGCACCCGUCAGUCGUGUGUGUGCCAGAAGAAAGGCAGCCCCUGCACAUACUGCCCCCCAGGGUCUUCGUGCAGGCAUUAACAAAAUUGAACAAUAGUUAUGUACUGGGACCCCAUGAUGAAAAUGCUGUGCUUGCAAGAGAUAUGAAGCAAACCACAAUGAAGCCCUGAAAACAAUGGGAGAAGAGGAAUUCAAGAGGGGCUUGGGACUGACUAGGUAGCCCUAUAGUAAAAUACUAGUAUAACCUGUUUGGUUGUCUGGUUUGAUGUCUGACAACUGCUCUACUGUUUGGUGGCUUCGCGUUGUGCAGAAGUUGUUUGACUGGUGAGUAGUUUGUUCAUAGUGGAAAGUAUGCCAUUCCUUGAAGAGAAACAUGUGCAACUUUUGAGAUCUAGCGGCCUUGUUGGAAAAGUGCGGCUUUCCACUGAUAUGUCUCAAGAUGACUAUAAAUUAUGGCCACAGUGUCAUCACAUCCAAGGGUAGGUGGGUAUGCAGAAGCAAAGGAAACACAACAUUUUUUGUAAGACAGAGCCUUGAUACCUAAAUCAGACGCGUGAGCAGAGAUAUAGAGCAAUCGCCUAAGACGAGUGCACGAGUUGCACAGAUAUACAAGGAGUUGCUGUAAUUUUCUUACACUUUGUGGUGUAGUUCAAAAAAGUUCAAAAUAUGGAAAAAGACGAAGUUACAGUAAAAAUCUAAAAGUUGAACAUUAUAAAUUAUAAAUGUCAGGCCAUAUUAGGAUGCCAAGUUGUAUUACCAUCACUAGGCACUUGUGAAAAGAAAAUUAAAGAAACUGCAUGCUAUGCAGGUCAUCAAGAGAUUGUGACUUACUUGAGGAGGUUCGAUGUAGCACUGAUCUACUUGUGGAUAGCGCUGAUUCUGGUAGACUAGAAGAAUCACGAGUACAGUUGGAUGAGCUUCUGGUGGAGGAUAAACUCACUGGAGUACCCCUACUAGUGUUUGCAAAUAAACAAGACCUAGGGAUGGCUUUAAAAGCUGAUGAUAUCAGCAACGAUAUGAAGCUAACUGAGCUGACUGACAGACGAUGGCAGAUACAACCAUGCUCGGCCAAAACUGAAGAAGGGAUUGCGGUACACAACAAUCCACUUACCAGUCGCUUAGGCUGGAAGGACAAGCCACCAUGUUGGAGUUUCUCCACAGAGUUGAAUUUCAACCACGAGGUUUAGUCGCAAUCAAUCGCACGUGCAGAAAUAGUGAGCCCCACCCCCCUUCUUCUGUUUUGAGACAUCUUCAGGUUUCAGGCUGGAAACAGAGUUGCUGAGAAUGAGAUUUAGAGAAUUGUUAGGGUUUUCCGAGCGAGCAGAGUUCUUUAACAGCUACAAAGAUGACUUCAACUUUGAUGUUGUCAGCAGGGAAGACAGUGAGCUGAAGGAUGAAGAACUGAAUUUCUAUCGAGAUAGUCCUGACAGCUUCUACAUUGUACCAUUUGCUGACGCCCUGGACUUGGUUCAGAGCAGACAAGUGGUCAUCAAGAGUGUAUAAGUUUCCAUUCUGCAAGCACUGUG